CGUGGUUGGAAUUUAGAAGAACGCCACUGACCUUGAUGUGUUUGUUAGCGCGAUCACAUAUUAUGUGCACCUUUCUUCAUUUAAAUACAGAAAGAUAUCUUCAUUUAAAUACAGAAAGAUAUGUCAUCAAACUCAGGAUGAUCAGGAACGAUUUAUUUGAAGAACGAAGAAGCAUCGUGCUCAUUUUGAACACGGUUGCGUAGUUACUCACUUACACGGGAACAAGCUCAUCAUUGGCCUUCUUGUUUAUUUUGUGCCGUCGGUCCUCCCUUAAAUGUUUUUCUCAAAUCGUUCGCGGCCGUCAAAAUGAGCAAAGACUCGAAGCGGCGCAAAACCGCGGACGUGGAGGACAUCUGGGAGGACAAAGUAGGGACCGUCGACUACAUCAACAUUCCGCCAGAGUCAAAAAGGUCGGCGUGGGGUAUCAUAGUUACUUGCGGCGCAAAGAAAGAUCUACAUUUUGAAAAAUACUACUUCAACGUAUCGCGAGAGCACCUCGUGUCCGACGGCAUCAGGAAAGGCGACGCGGUGACAUUUAGGGGUAACCCAGCCGAUCUCCCUGUUGCGGGGCACAAUUUCCCUGAAGCGACUUGCGUUCGCGUGACAAAGGCGUCCGAUGACGAUUCGCUCCAGCACCAGCACCGGAAAGACCCCGAACAGGAAACGCUUUCCUUCGCGAAAAAGCUGUCGGAAGUCUGGCCCGCUUGCGGGGAGCAGCUGGCCUGUCAGGUCGAAUUUCUGGUAAAUAAUGUGGCGGACUUGAUUCACCCGCAGAGCGAUGUAUUCAAGGGAACAAAUGCACGCCCAAUUGUCGUGCCUUGCCCUUACUCAUUAAUGUGCAUCGAUCGGCCGACGCCCGAAGGCGAAUUCGAAGUGUUGGUGGAGUCGCGUAGUUGAUUGGUACAGCUGUAACUAGCUCUAGCAUCUUCGCCGUGAUUCGGAUACGCGUCGCAGCAUCAAGGAGCUGCGCCCUGCAUGACGAGUAGAAGCCGCUACUUCCCACUUCAAUCAUCUAAAGCCACCCUCUUUGCAAGAACCAAAUUAUCUGUACCAGUGUAGUGGCCUAGUGUGCUUAUUGUAAGUAGUUGACCUUGACUCGAAUUUCACAAUCACAAGAAACGAACGCGAUGAUCCGUCGUGCUCAUUUAAGCUCAACGGUAACGAAUAGCUUGCCGAAUAAGUACUUUUCGCGGGCGGGGUAUGGGUGUGCAAUGUUCCUUCUUCAUCAUACUACGGCGCGCUGGCCCAGGGGUCCGCUAACAGCAUUGUGCUGUUGGACGGUCCAACGGGGUCCGGGAAAUCUACCCUCGUGGGUAUGAUGCGCGGUUGGACAACGUGCUGGGCGGUGGAGGGGUCGCGCACAGUCCUGCAGUACAAGAGCCCCAAGCUAGCCGCUGAAGCAGGCGCGCCAAAAAUCGGGCACUCUUUAAUGCAGAGCGAAACUCUGCGCGCACAACUACACCCGCUUGGGGAGAGGCCUGGAAAUGACCAGGAUGGAGCAAAACACGAAGCCAUUGGCGGCACUGGACGUGGCGGGGUAUAUUUGGUUACGGCUUGGACGGUAGUUAGAAAUCCCGGCCGCGGAUAUUGUGCGGAUAUUAUGACUCAAAUGGAAAACGUGCGACAGUUUUUCUCUCGUCGUGGUCGAUCUUUCUCGCCGACCCCCAGCCCCCCGCCCAAGGCCAGGGGCGGGCCAGGGGUGGGCCGGGGAUCGAUGGGCCAGGGGAGGGUCGCCCAGGGGCGGGAGGGUGGGGACCCCGUUCCGACCCCUGAUCGCGGCCGACCCCGGCAAACGCCUAGCCUGGCCCCGUGCAUGUUGGCCGGCCGCUCGUGGGCGGUCGGCCCAUUUUUUCGCUGCAGCCUUGGGAAGCACGCCUUGGCCUUGCGAGUCUGCCUGGCAUGGAGGCCAGGUGCCGGGGACAGACUCCCAAGACUGCGGAGUUGGCGGGAGUCCCCUGUCCUGAAGCGCUCCCGCCCACCUGUAGCAGUGGCCAGGAGCCUUCAACCCCGCCCGGAAGGUUCGUUGGACAGGACUUCCCGGCCGAACCUCCGUCUUGGGAGUCCUUCUUCAAGGAGGCAAAAAAGUGUCUGCGGACUGGCGAAAAAAAGGUCCCGCGGAUUUGUUGGACAGGCACGAUUUUUGGCGCCCGUUGCCUGACCCAAAAAAUCCACCAUAGCGUGCGGGCGCGGAUUUUUUGGCACAAAUCCGCGACAAAUCCGCGAGGCCCGCUGAAAACAAAUCCGCGGACCCCCUUUCGACAAAUCCGCGGACCCCCUCCGCCACGUCCGCGAAUCGAGAAUCCGAUCGGGAUUGGCGCCCUGCCAAGUGCCCUCGGGGGGCUUUAUCAGGCUGCUAUGGCCCAUCCGCGGCGAUCAUCAAAGGCGCGUCCGCUUUGGGAGCGGGCGGGCCUCCGUGCCUUGGAACCUCCGGGGGGGCCUUCCAGGCUGCUAUGGCCCCGGUUGGGGAAGGGCUUGGGGAGGGACUGGGGGAGGGGCCGCAGGGGUGGGCCGGCGGAGGGUAGGCCCGGGGUGGGCCUGGGGUCGGUGGGGCAGGGGAGGGUGAGCCAGGGGAGGAUGGGCCCAGGGUGGGCCAGGGGUCGGUAGGGCAGGGGUGGGCCAGGGGACGGCCAGGGGAGGUCGGGCGGCCAGGGUUGGGCCAGGGGUCGGGGGGGCAACCAGGGGUGGGCCAGCCAGGGGCGGGCCAGCCAGGGGCGGGCCAGCCAGGGGCGGGCCACCAGGGGCGGGCCACCAGGGACCCAAAUCCGCACAAUAUCCGCGCGCCCUUAUUCUAACGGGUGUCCAAGCUCUAAAUAUUUGGUAUGGUGCUGCGAUUCAUAUUACUUAGUCUUUGAAGAUUGAUAUUUAUUUUUAUUGACUACGUAACUCCUGGCAAGCGGCGUGGCUUUUUUCGGGUCAUUUCGGGCAGCGCAGUGCUGGGUGGUGCCCGUCCACUCAUGAGGAUGGAAAACACCCCUAAGAACCAUCCGGGGCGCACACAGAAGAUCCUACUAUGUUUAUACAAUGAACAAGAACAAGAUUUUGAUGAUGAUCUGAUGAUGACUCAGUCGUGCCUACAGCAUGAGUUGUACGCUUUAAAAAGUGGCGCCAUAAUUAUAAUCCUCAGCGCCGGCGCCACGACGCUGUGCAUUGUAGUCUUUUGCUGUAAUUAGAAUUCCUUGUGGUAAUUGUUAGACCAUCAAGUUCAGCUACAUCAUCAAUAAAUCAUAGACCGGAGUUCCCGAUUGGUUUUUUUGCUUGGUUUGACCCUGACAUGACACCACGGAAGAAGGAGCAAAUUCUAUGCUGUUCAUCAAAUCCACAAAAAAACUCACCGCUUCAGAACGGGGGACAGGCGUGGCGUUGACAUGGACAAACCCCACAUAACGCCAGAGGAUUGCACUCUCGUCGGAUCUCUUUCGAGAGCAAUGAACAUCGACGCCGCGGAAGAAAUUGCGUGCGUCGUGGUGGUGACGACUUCCCGCACCUUAGGAGACCGACAAUCUAUCUCCGACUUCGAGGAGAACGCGCUGCGGAACAUGCUAGGCAAGUACGGACUUGAAAAGCUUGCGUCCAGGGCUGUCCUGGUUUUCAGUGGUCCAGGCAAACCGCCCACAGACUCCCCCUACGAAGAGCGUCAAAAAAGUCUGCUGGACGAUCUGCGCGCGGUAGUUCUUCAGGGUACGGGCAAAAGCCGGAACGCGCGAACGAAACCGGCGAAAGCGGUCAAAGCCCUUUGGUUUGAGGUGAAGAAGCUACUGGAGAGCGGUACCAUUCGCAUUUUCAUCUCAGACGCGUUUUUUGGUUUCGCCUUUGUUCUUUCUCACUUUUAUGGAUGACGAUGUUCUAUAAGCACGUCAGUGCUCAUCGUCAUCAUCCAGUCACCUAUCUGCGCAGCCGUGAGUCUGAGUAGAAUCGCCCCCAGUCAUUAGAUCUCAUGGCUACGUUUUCGAUGCACUGAUCAUCACGCGCCGGCAUGAGUAUCUCCUUAAGGCGAUACUGACCCGGCAACGCUUGCUUUUGUUUGACUAUUCAACAGGCCGCGUCUUUUUGUUUGAUGGAAGCAAAGAGAGUGUCAGCGCUAUCCGGGAAACCGUCGACGACUCCCGUUCCACCGAUAGAAGCAUGGCAAAAACCAUCCUUACCGAAGAAAUCGCGUUCGGCCAGCAGACGCGGGCGCUAACUGAUGCCCUAGAAGCGUGUUCUAGGAUAUGCCCCGGAAAGUCUGCGCCUUCAGUUUCUUGCUUAUGCUUGUUUCAGGCCGAUUGUGGUGCAUCUCAAUUAGAUAUAGUACGGAUGAGAUAUGCAUAGCAUCUGCAGCACUCAGCUUCAAACAAUCGGGAUCGAGACGGGUCGUACCGUGUAGCUUGCUACCUUCUUACCUUUGUUUUUAUGUACUUAGACAAUUGAUAUAAGUAGAGGUAGACUUUUAUGUUGCGAAAGCCACUGCUGGCGGUGGCGCUGGCCUUGGAAACCAGACGCCGACGAGCACGAGGAUCAUAUGCCAGUGCAGGUCUGUCCCCAGUAGAAAAGGUCUUUGUCGUACAACUCUUGUGAUUAAUAUGAGAGAGGUAGCCAGCCUCGCAACGAGAGAAACUGUGGGCGGGUUUUUUUCCGGCUCGAUAGAGUCUCUACUGUAAUGUGAAGGAGGCGCAAGCAGUAGACGAAGCAGCAGGCAUGUCCGAAGGCGAGGACCACCUUUCGCUGUAUUUUUAGAUGUCUUUCUUUUGAGCUUGAUUUUGUGUUGCUGUUCCCGUGAUCUGACGCACCGGCAGUGCGAGUGCCCGCGGGUGGGUGCACUUAAUCGCAGUGCCUUGCAGAAACUCAGACAACUGACACUUUUGGUGCUGGUGAUCUAUGAUGAUGCGAAGCCUAUACUUCGAUGCUCAUCGAAUCCGACCAGCUGAACGCCAGUAGCGCAUCAAAUGCUCUAUCGAACAACCUCAUCCCUUGUGAUGAUUGUGUCCAGGCCAGCACAGAGCUUCUUUGCGAAGAUGGACGACGAGGGUGAAAAAUUCUUGACAAUUGCUUGUCACUUCAUUUCAACACACGCCAAUGUCUCCGCUUUUUCAUUUUUAACUUUCAGGUAUACCAACAUAAUUGAGGAAGAAAAGGAAAAACUACACGAAAUGGAGGACGUCAAUGGAGAAACCAAGGCCAUGCGCAUGGAGGAAGUCGAGUCUUUGCAGAAAAAGUUGACGAAAGAUAAGAAGGACGUGGAGGCGAUCAAGAAAAAAAGCCAACAGCAAAGGGAGACACGCGACAAGCUCACCAGGGAGAUUGCAGCCCUGGAGUCGAAGGCCCGGAAGAAAGGCUCGCGGGCCUUUGUCUCGACAAACUUCUUUGAGGGAUACAGUAAGGGGGCGAGGUCCCCGAUCCCAGAGGAACGCGUCCUGCGUCUCGUGCCCAUCGAUGACGUUUUGGAAGACAUGCCCGCGGGCCCCGUGGAUGCGGAUGCAGGCGCGCCAGGCCAAGGCGGGCGGCAUCGAAAUGGGAAGAACGACGGGAGCGAUUGGGAGGGGGAGGAGACCGACGCGGAGGAUGGCCAGAAUUCCCGCGACAACAUCGACGACGCGGACGCCCUUAUCCUGGGCGAAGUGGCCCGCGCCCCCGCUGCAGGGUUCACGUGGGAAGACCAAACGGCGAGCGACGACAAGGGGCUCGAAGUACUAUUGCGCUGUGCGUUUGUUAUCAUCUGUUUGAUAAUAUGUUUCAUAUGUUAUAGCGCUCAUUUUCUAUUUCUAAAUGAACCACGUGGUGAGUCGCUGGAAUUGGCGAGAUGUCUAGUGGCAGGCGCAAGACUACGCUUCGCAGUAUCUUCACUUGCUUGCUCGUAUAAUUGCAUCACUUACUGCUGCAAGUAGUAUCUUUCUUCUUGGAGCCUCUUGGUUUACAAGCAGGAAAUGCUGCUGCAGCUCUAGAACGUUUUGAAGUUAGUGACUUCAAAGGCCAGCUACGAAUGUAUCGCACGUAAGUAGCACGAUCCCAGUGCGAUAGCUUUAUUGGAUGAUCUGCGUGAUGUGUGUCCACGCGUGAUUUCGAGCAUUCCUCUGAAGCGUUUCCCUGCUUUGGCUUUGUAAGUCUAGGUGUAAGAACUACUGCCCCAAAAAUAAAAUAAAAACAGCACGAAAAAGAGAUCGGAGCCUUCAAGGGCCAGAGACGUCUGGUGAUCGAGUUUCCGACCGAAGAAGUUGAAUUAUGCCCAGCCCGCAGCUUUUCUCCUGCGUUGACGGUGAAAACUCGGCGCAUUAUGUUCGCGGAAGACGAAAUGCCGGUAGAGGAGGAGGACGAUGAGGAGCAGCCUCAGAAGAAAUUUCCUUUGCUGCAUGUCACCAUCGGGAAGAAUAAAAGCGUCGAGCUCGAGUCGUAUGAUGAAGUCGGCGGGAAGGGGAGGCUGAUAUUUAGGAUUUUCUUCAAAACGACAAAGAACGCGAAGCCAACGCUUACAGCCAGGCUCAGACAAGAGGUCACCGAUCUCAUUUUGCCAAAGCUAACUAAGCUGCGGGACGCCAGAGAUCGCUUAGCCACCAAGGUCGAGGAUGAUCAGAAUCUGCUGGAGGAAAAAAUAGCAGCAAUUGAUAAACUUCAAAGCACCAUUGACGAAGUGAAGAUGAAGCUUGACAACAAAAAAGCGAGCGCGGAAAGCGUUGAGGAAGCACGAGAAAAAAUCAAGCAAGCUACGAAGCAGCGAGACUUUGUCAAGGGCAUGGUGCAGAAGCUUGCCCAGUACAAGAGUGACAAAUAAAAGCUAGACGCGGCUCGCGACCUCCUUCAAGCGCAGCCAUUGAAUCUUGUGCCGGAUCUAGUGCGGUAUUGCUUAACACAGAAGAAAGAAGAGUGGAGCGCUGCUGCGGGCGGCGCGGAUCCAGGCUACACCCUCCGCCCAUUGGCAGAAAAACUACUGCGGCCGAUGAUAGUCAAUGCGCCGUAUUGCCACACAGUUUUGGCGGAUCUGAAGAUAAACGUCGACAAGCUUGAGGCGGAGUCCGAUGCCGCGCAACCAGCUUGCCCAUCAAGAUCAAAAGCCGCUGUGGGGUCGUCCUCCUCGUCGUCUGCGUGCUAGAAAUGCCGUCAACGGUCAGAGAAUUUUGCAAAGUGAGGUUUGGAAAUGUGCGCAGAAGCGUCUGCUUCUCUCGGUCAUCACAAUCUUCCAGUGUUAUUUCGUAUUCCUAUUCAUCCAAGAGCAAAUGAACUCAAAGGCUUCGCAAAUGUAAAUUACGCUGCAGGCGACGAGGAAACGGAAAGUCCAGUCUGUCAGAAGAUCUCGUAAACAAAGUGUGCUGGCGAUGACAAAGAUUUAGGGCGAUGGAUCGACUCGAAUAUGGUACAACGUGCCGCGAAGCAGUGGCUCGUGUUCUAUAAUAUACACUACAGCAGGCUACCGCUACAACCAGGACCAGGAGGGUCCGACUCACAGAAGAUACGGACAUAAAUACGGUGGCAGCGCCGCGCUGUGAUAAUAGUAGGAGGGCAAGACGAAGACGGAGUGUCAGUCUUUGUUUGUAUGACAGACCAGGACCAUUCGGCCUCUCGAAGCGCAAUGAACGCAAGGCAAGCACGAAAACGACUUCGACCACGUCGAAGCAUGAUAUACACAAUAAAGCACCAAGACCAGAACUACAGUUGGCUGUGUUGUUUUUCUUAUUUCUGAUUCUGAUUU